AUUAUUGCGCGUAUCUGCGUGAUUUGCAUAUAACAAUUGAAGUAGCAAAGUGAUAGACAAAGAAUAACGUAACGCCGGAAUCGCGAAUUGAGAACAUGAGAAUAGGUGUGCCUUUUAUCCAAUAAGAAUAAUGGAUUUCGAGAAAGCGAAUCAUACAACGGUUUUUGCAACCUGUCACUUCCGUCGCUUGCCCCUGCAAGAGCCUUAGUUUUUUAGAACCGACAUGACGAGCGGGGGGCUUCGUUGACGAUCGUCAUUUUACGCGAGGAGGCGCAAAGCUGAUAAGUGGGACAUACGCUGCAGCAUCUCGGUAUUUCAUAGUGAACUCGCCAUCCAGUCGGACCAUCCAUCCAAGAGAGUCACGUAUCCUCGUGUUUCUUGUCGAACUCCGCGUCAAGGUACUCGUGAUCUCGCUCACGUACGCCACUCAAGUCAUAUUCCAACACAACAUGGCGCCGAAUUUAUUCGGCAACUCAGCGACUUUAUUCCUCGAAGCUUCUCAGCAAGAUGUGUCGCAAAAAAAAGCGGCAGAGAAGGCAGUAACGCAAAAAUUAUCAAUUCAAAAGGCACAAAAUUCAAAGCCUAAAUAUCAAUGGAAAAUUGUUUGGAGAAACAUGAUAGCUUUUGCCUAUCUUCAUCUUGGUGCACUUUACGGAUUGUAUAUUUUAAUAACGGCUGCCAAAUUUUACACAUUCCUUUGGAGUGUAGUAGUUGCAACUUUCGCAGCUAUCGGUGUUACAGGAGGUGCUCACAGACUGUGGGCUCAUCGGGCUUACAAAGCGAAAUGGCCGAUGAGAGUCAUUCUUAUGCUUUUGCAAACCACGGCUUUUCAAAAUCACAUUUACGAAUGGGUAAGAGAUCACCGAGUUCAUCAUAAAUUUACGGACACGGACGCGGAUCCGCACAACGCCAAGAGGGGCUUUUUCUUCUCGCACAUGGGCUGGCUUUUGGUCCGAAAACAUCCUGAUGUCAUUAAUAAGGGGGCCACAAUCGAUAUGAGCGAUCUUGAGAAGGAUCCUGUCGUUGUCUGGCAACGCAGGCUUUACAUCAUCCUAAUGCCUGUUUUUUGCUUCCUACUUCCCACCUGGGUACCGUGUCAUUUUUGGAACGAGAAACCUAUGUAUGCCUGGUAUUCUACCCUGUUCAGAUACACACUCUCACUGAAUCUGACUUGGCUAGUAAAUUCCGCGGCUCACAUAUGGGGCAUGAAACCAUAUGACAACACCAUUAGCCCCACUGACAGCCUCAGCGUUGGCAUUGGCGCUUUCGGCGAAGGAUGGCAUAAUUACCAUCACGUGUUUCCGUGGGAUUACAAGGCUGCCGAAUUGGGCAACUAUCGCACAAACUUUACUACCGCUUUCAUUGAUUUCUUCGCCUGGAUCGGCUGGGCGUAUGAUUUAAAGACUGUAACACACAGUAUAAUAAAGAAACGCGCGGCUCGAACAGGUGACGGCUCGAUAUAUACGCGAACGGACAAUGAGCAUCAUCAUUCGCAUGAUGGAGCUAUAUGGGGAUGGGGCGAUGCCGAUAUGGCACUCGAAGAUAUGCAGGAGGCCGAGAUCAUUAAUAAGGGCGAUUGAGAUCCCAAAUUUCAAUUCCCCAAAACCUCUAUAUGUGGCAUUACACUCGGUCGGAAUUAUGCAGAACGUGGACAUCCAACAGACAUUUAUGGUUUGCGAUGGUAUUGUAAAUUCAUAAUGAAUUUGGUGAUCAUAUCUGAAAGUUUAAUACAUUGUUAUACAUACAUCAUUAGGUAUCUCUAGUCGUAAUCUCGACUUUUUGUAGAUGGUAGUACUUAUCACUAUCAAUAUCGAUAUGCAUCGAUUGAUGCAUCAACAAUAAUGGUAAUUAUUGUUAAAUUACAAUUUUUUUCUUUUAACAGUUCUUGUGCAUGCAUCAUGCAAUCGUGGGAACGACGUCUAGGUCGCGACUGUGAUUACGACGUUUUUUUAUUUAGCUUUUGAAUAAAGAUAUUUUUUAAAGUUAAUAUUUAUGAUAAUCAUUUCAAUUUGUAAUUUUAAUAUCUAGAUGUUUAUCUCAUUAGAUAUUUAACCUAUUUAAAACCUGAUUUUAAAAUACUUAUACAAAUUUCAUAAAAUUACGUUAAAAUUAACAUAAAAAGAAAAUGCCACUGUGUGUACUUCAUAUAUAAAUUAUUGAUAAGGAAUAUAUUACAUUCGUUGGGCGUGCACGCUCUACGUUAUAAAGCCCCGUUGUGCAUUAUCAAAUAAGGAUAUAAUCAUCCAAAGAACAGUGGUCAAUCGUUUAAUUAAUAUUUAGGCGUCAAUUAAUAUUUAUUGUAUAAUAUUAUUCAUACAUUAUUAUAUCGUUCCUCUCUUCGGUCAUUGAAGUAUCGCGAGUUCAGCCUUGAAGUAUCGUCUUGUAACGAAGAGAACGGAAAAUCUUAAGGCGCGACAGCGAUUUCUCGGAUCGAUUAGAUUCCAUUGAUUAGAAACGUUUUGAAUCAGAAAUCUGAUUGCGAAAGGCGCGUGCUCGCAUUCAAAAUAAAUCUAUUAGAAAAAAAGUUCGGCUUCGUUAGGAAAUAAAAGGAGAUCUCGCAAAUAUGAGAUAAUCAAGCGACGAUCUGAAUUAAAAUGCUGGUGUGCUGUACAAUCAAUUAUGUAUCUACGAAUCAAAUUCAUUCGUGGCCUUCUGAAUGACUGUUUAUGUAUUUAGACUUUAUAUCGCAUUUAUAUCAAAACUAUUUCGAUAUCUCGAAGUCAAUUCCGUAAUAAUUGUGACACGAUAUAAAGCGCGAAUCAUUAUCGAUUUCUAACGCUGUUAUAAUAUCAAAUAAUCAAAUUAAUAAAUUUUUUAGAUCAUCACUAUAUA